AUGGAUUACCUUUCCACCUGCAAGCUGGAUGUGAACACCACACUCCCGCUGGUGUGCAUCAGCACGCUGCUUUCCUUCCUGUGCGGCGUUGGCAUAGGCGCAAAUGACCUUUCAGCCAACUUUGCGAUGGUGGUGGGCAGCGGGUCUCUCAACAUGAAGAGGGCCAUCAUCUACUGCACCGUGUUCGAACUGCUGGGCGCCGCUUUCAUGGGUGGUCAUGUGGGCAACACAAUCCGUAGCGGCAUCGUCGACCCUGUGCUCUUUGCCCAGAACAAGGAUGUCGUGGUGAUCGGCAUGACGUGCGCCAGCUUCGCUGCGGCGCUAUGGCUGUACUUGUCCACGGUGUUUGGUCUGCCGGUGUCCAUCACUCACACGGUUGUUGGGUCAAUUGUUGGGUUUGCGCUCUUCGCCACGGGCGGGUUCACGUACAUCAAAACGAACGGACUAAUCGUGGUGGUGAUCUCAUGGUUGGCGGCACCAAUUGCGGCGUGUGGCGUGACAGCGCUUCUGUUUUACCUCCUACGACGCGACAUCUUCAAGGUGAAGGGGCGUUCCUUUGAGCUUGCCCUGACCGUCCUGCCGCACUGCCUGCUCGCGUCUCUGCUGGUGGACUUCUUCUUCAUUGUCCUUGAGAAGCCACCGAUCAUGUCACAGACGUUUGCUCAGCACGUCCCACUGUACAUCCAGUGCAUCGUCCUGCUUCUCGUCAUGCUUUUUUUCUGCUGGGCGGCGAAGGUGUGGGUGUUCCCGCAGGUGGUGGAGGCCGCGAUGGGCGCGCAGUCAUUCGUGUGGGAGAGCGAGGCGCUGCGCACGGAACCGGUGAACGUGGCGGACAGUUCGACGCUGGAUGAGAUUAGGAACUUCUCUUUCUUCAAGCCAAGAGCCGACAUGAGUACGAGGACAUCCACUGUGGCGGGGAGGCAUCACCUGCAACAUCACAACAGCCAGCGCCAGCAGUACCAGUCGUCAGCCGCUGACGCUGUGUCUGCCCCACCGGCUGUGCCGGCAACUGUGGCGUUGCCACCGCCCUCGCCGUCCCGUAGCCCUGCUCCUGCGUCCACUGUCGACUCCCUCUUGGUCAAGCAUCUCAGCGGAGCCGCUGAAGAUCGUGACCAUUCCGAGAGCAGCUCUACUUGUGAUUCUCCGUCGCAUUCCUACCCCCCCACACCAACCCCAGUGCAUCAGAACGCGUCGUUGGUGCUUUCCUCCAUCUCCACAUCGGACAGCUCCUUCGUGCGCAAGGGAGCCAAGGUGCGUCUGGCACCUGUGCACAUCCACGAGCACUCGUCCGCACCGCACACGCGCACCGUGUCGCUCUCCAACUCCACGACGCUCGUCCAGCAUGGUACCAGCGAUGUGCAUCACCUUCCUGGAUGCAAGCUUUCCUCCUCCUAUCGCGAUCGCCACGAAGCAAAACAGGUGCAGUCGGCUGGUGUGGUGGCGUACGGCAGCACGGAUACCACAAAGUCAGCAGUAGUGGUUGCUAGCGGUGAGCAGGGGCUAGUCGGGGUGCCGUUUUCCCCCGUCUUGGUGCACAGCGAGGACGAGUUUGGCGAAGAGGACUGGGCCAUGGACCACCCAAUGCGGCCCAUUCACUUUGGGGGCAUCCUCAUCAAGCCCUUUAACCCGCGCGCCGAGUACCUCUUCACUGGCCUCCAAGUGGUGGCAGGAAGUAUAUCCAGCUUUGUCCACGGCGCGGUGGCUGGCGCCAAUGCCACUUCAGCCUUUGUCAUUCUCUACGAUACCUUCACGAACAACGAGUUGCAGGAGCCUGGGCUCAGCUCGCAGUGGUCGGUGCUGCCGGCAAUGGUGGGCAUUGCAAUUGGCAUGUUUGGCCUCGGUGCGAGUCUCAUGAAGACGGUAGGGAUGGAGCUGGUAACCGUGACGCCGGCACGAGGAUGGUGCAUCCAGAUGGGCGGCACCUUCGUCACGAUGGUUCUGACAGGGGUUGGCAUUCCCGUCUCGCUCUCGCAGUCGCAGGUCGGCGCCGCGAUUGGCUGCGGCGUCCUGGACGCCAAGCUGGGCGGUGUGUCGUGGGAUGUCGUUGCGAAGGUUGUGGCGGGGUGGGCCGUGACCCUUAUUAUUAGCGCCCUAACAACAGGCGUGUCGAUGUGGGCGGUGUCGUCGCUGCUCUGCACGUAA